AUGCAUAACAUCUUCAAUCAUCAGAGAUGGGCGGCAACCGCCCUGGCAGGGUUGUUGAUGCUCUGCCCUGCAACAUUCGCCCAAACCAUUGCACCGUCGAACAGUUCUCAAGAUCUAUAUCCAGCCGCGACCUCCCCGAGGUUUAUCAUGAACGGCACCGAGUUCCCAGACAUACCGCCAGUGCGAUUGGCUCCCUUGGGAAUAUAUGCCGAAAUGUCACAUAGCAACUUUGUUCAGGUUGAUGUUGAAGGGCACCUGGUGAAUGUCAAUGCCGCCAAUGCCAACGACGUCAGCGGUAACAACCAAUUCUCCUACAUGUCCUGUGACCCAGAGGCAUAUAGUGACGGCAACCUGGAUGCAAGUGCAGUCUUUCGUAUGGCCGUGAAUGCGGCCAAUGCCGACAUCAUCAUUCUAUACAGUGAAACAAGUGAUCACUGCUCUGCGACUGGACUGAGUAGCCUCCCGACCAUAGGUGGCAUCCUCACCACAACCGACACAAUGACAGCGUCCAGCCUGGCCAGGCUGGCUCUGGAUCAACAGAGUACUGGAACGGCUUCGAUUCUCCCCGAUCUCAACUCCUACACCAAUUCAUCAAGCGGUGGCUACGGCAACAACUCUCUUGGCCAAUCUCCUACUACAGCAGUCGCGAUGAUCAUCCUAUACUCCAUCACCGGCGUUAUCACGGCCCUCUUUGUCGUCAUCAUCGUAACUGGAGCUAUUCGUGCACACAGACAUCCAGAACGUUAUGGUCCGCGAAACAUAGUAGGCCGCGGCCGUCAGAGUCGCGCAAAGGGUAUCGCAAGAGCUAUGCUCGAGACCCUUCCCAUUGUCAAGUUCGGAGAUCACCAAGACCUCCCCACCACCAAGCAGCAAUCCACAGAUAUUGAAAUGAACGCCGGCACGCCUGCCAAGGAUUCAACCGCUACCGACCCCAUGGACGCCACCAAAGCAGUAGGGGGGCCCGAGGCCAGUGCAACAGACAACAAUAGCACGACAGGCGUUAAUCAGACACCGCCGCAAACCCAGGCCGCUAUCGCGACGAACAACGCCGAUGGUACUGAUGCAGAGGGUCACCUAGGCUGCUCGAUAUGCACAGAGGACUUCAACAAGGGUGAAGAAGUCCGGGUACUGCCGUGCAACCACAAGUUCCAUCCCGUUUGUGUCGACCCAUGGCUCCUGAAUAUCAGUGGUACGUGUCCAUUGUGUCGAAUCGAUCUACGACCCCAGGGUGAAGUCGAAGGCGAAGUUGGCGACUCGGAUGCUCAAAACGAAGCCCAGCGCAGCGGUUCAGACGCCGCGUUACCGCCUCCACUUGCAGCUGCGGCCACGGGGGCCAAUGCUGAAGAGACUACCCAUCGUGGUGGACGCAGGGAGACGAUUACCAACCUCCGUCGCUUUGCCCAUGCUUCAAGAGAAGAUCGAAUCGCGGCAUUGCGGCGAUUCAGACAAGAGGGUAUAAGCUCGAACGCGGGCGCUACCGCAGACGAUGCUGCCAGUGCACCUCGACAGUCGGAGGAGGAACGAACAAGCCUCGCGAGACGGUUUAGGGAGCGCUUUAGAAUCCGCACGGAACGACGAGGCACCACCAAUUGA